GGUGGCUUUGCAGACACAGAACGUGGCUGGCCCUGGCCUUGCUUUAUCCCUGGCCCCAUCUUGUGGCUUAAUCUGAGCCAGCUUGAACAAGCCCCUUCCCCUGCACUUGCCCAAAGCUAAAGCCUAAGGACAUUUCUGAGGUCAUGACCAACUUUGGGGGUGAAGCUGAGGGCUUGGCCACCUACUUGGCUGAAAUUCAUUUCUGUGCCCUUUCUUUAUCAUCAUGUGUAUGAAGGAUGGGUCCCAGAUCCCAAGAGGGCAGCCUCUCUUGACCUUCUGUAUCUCCUCCCUGACCCACAGCCAUGGCCGCCCAGGAGCCCCUGCAUGUGAAGACCCCGCUGCGUGACAGCAUGGCACUGUCCAAAGUGGCCGGCACUAGUGUGUACCUAAAGAUGGACAGCUCCCAGCCCUCGGGCUCCUUCAAGAUCCGAGGCAUUGGCCACCUCUGCAAGACGAGGGCAAAUCAAGGCUGUAAACAUUUUGUCUGCUCCUCAGCGGGCAACGCGGGCAUGGCGACUGCCUACGCUGCCAGGAGGCUAGGCAUCCCAGCCACUAUUGUUGUGCCCUGCACCACGCCUGCCCUCACCAUUGAGCGGCUCAAGAGCGAAGGAGCCACAGUUGAAAUAGCGGGAGAGACGCUGGAUGAUGCCACCCGACUGGCCAAGGCACUAGAAAAAAACCACCAGGGUUGGGUGUACAUCUCCCCUUUCGAUGACCCUCUGAUCUGGGAAGGCCACACUUCCAUUGUGAAGGAGCUGAAGGAAACACUGAGUGCCAAGCCUGGGGCCAUUGUGCUGUCUGUGGGUGGAGGGGGCCUGCUGUGCGGAGUGGUCCAGGGGCUGCAGGAGGUGGGCUGGGAAGAUGUGCCCAUCAUCGCCAUGGAGACCUUUGGCGCCCACAGCUUCCAUGCUGCCAUCAAGGAAGGAAAGCUGGUCACUUUGCCCAAGAUCACCAGUGUCGCCAAGGCCUUGGGUGUGAACACUGUGGGGGCGCAAGCCCUGAAGCUGUUUUAUGAACACCCCAUUCUCUCUGAGGUCAUCUCAGACCAGGAGGCCGUGGCCGCCAUUGAGAAGUUCGUGGAUGACGAGAAGAUCCUGGUGGAGCCUGCAUGUGGCGCGGCGUUGGCCGCAGUGUACAGUGGCGUAGUCUGCAGGCUGCAGGCUGAGGGCCGCCUGAAAGCCUCACUGGCCUCCCUGGUUGUCAUAGUGUGUGGCGGCAGCAACAUCAGUCUGGCGCAGCUGCAGGCUCUCAAGGUGCAGCUAGGUCUAAAUGGGCUCCCCAAGUGACAACUGUUGCUGCCCUGGCCACCCCAAGAAGGGGAAACCAGCACCCCUGAGGAGAGUGGGCAGGGAUGCACCUGACAGCAAUCCCAUCCUCCUUUACCUGUGUUUAUAAUGUGCACUUUUUCAUUGUAAAAGUAAAAAUGUAUAUAUUUAUAAAGCAAAGAUCUUUUGAGGUUUGUUUG